AUGCUCAACCCAAGAAGUUUUAGUUUUGACAAAAUUAAACAGAAGAUGACCGGAAGAAGAACAUCGGAAGCUUCCAUAUUAGAAAUAGCAUCGACUAACAACAGAAGGAAAAGUAUAGACAUACUGGGUUCCAAUGAUGAUCGGCUGAAGUCUCAACAACAACAAGAUCCGAAAAGAAGGACACAAUCGAUAUCGUUUAUGCCUCGAUCCCGGUCAUUAUCCAAAUCUACAACCAAUCAGCAACAGGCAUCCCUUCAUUUACCACAUUUAUUUAAAGUGAAUACAAGAGAUUUGGUUAAACAGGAAACGGCCACAAUCAUUCUGAAGAAAUUGAUUCAUAUGUUACAAGAUUUAGGCUUACAAAAUCCAAUACCUUUGGACACAACCCUGAAUGGAUCUCCUUCCAAAAACGUCAAGAUAUACGUGGCUAACUCCCAUGAUUGCAUAUUUUUACCCCCUGCAUCAUCCACUAGUUUUACAUAUGAAGAUGUAGAAAAUGGUGGUACAAUACCAAUAAUCCUUGAAGAUGAAAUCUUAACAAUGCCUGAAACAAAUGCAUAUGCGCAAGGUAGUCUGAUGUCAUUACCAGAACCUUUAGAAGCAGCUGCGGAUCCAAACCAUCACCUUCACAGUAAAAUGAAAGGAUUCACUUCACCAAAUUACUUGUGUACAAAGAUUGAUUCAGAACAUCCAAUACCUCAUACAUUUGCUGUUGUUGUGGAAGUAUUAAAAGACGCUACAGUUGUGAAAGAUAUUAAGUUUGAAUUUGAAUCACUUACUCAUAUUCUUUGGCCAACUGAUGACCCAUAUAAUAAAUUUCAUAAUAAAGAAAAAUUCAAAAUUGGAUAUAUGGAUUGGCGAACGACAUUAGCCGAUGCAGAUUAUUAUAUCAAUAGCUCCAAUUCUAAUGAUGUGAAGCUGAAAAAUUUAGGUCCAGAAGAUCUAGCUAAACGUACUCGUGAAUACAAUUUAAUCAAUGUACGAGAUUUGGCAGAUGGAUUAGAUAAAUAUAAUAAAAAGGCAUCUGCGUCAGUAAGCUCAUUGCCAUCUUCAGUGGAUCUGUCAUCUAGAACUCCCGCAAAUGACACAUAUAAAGCCGGUCUUUAUGUAUUCUUAUUGCCUAUACUUUUACCAGAACAUAUUCCUGCAACCAUCGUUUCUAUAAGUGGUACAUUAAAUCAUAUCCUUUCAGUUAGUGUAAACAAAAUGUCAGAAAAGUUAAAUCGAAAAUUGAAAGUUGAGGCAUCAUAUAAUUUACCAAUGGUGCGUUGUCCACCAAAUUUGGCCGAUUCGAUAGCCAAUAAACCGAUUUAUGUUAAUAGGGUUUGGAAUGAUGCUGUGCAUUAUAUUAUAACUUUCCCAAGGAAAUAUGUUCCAUUAGGUUCAGAACAUGUUAUGAAUGUGAAAUUAGUUCCAUUAGUUAAAGAUGUGAUUAUUAAACGAAUUAAAUUUAAUGUUUUAGAAAGAAUUACUUAUGUUUCCAAAAAUUUACAAAAAGAAUAUGAUUACGAUAGUGAAGAUCCAUUUUUCCUUAAUACUCAUACUAAUAAAAUCAGAGAAAGAAUUGUUUCAUUAUGUGAAUUGAAAACCAAAGCAAAACAAACUGGUAAUGGUUAUUCCGAUCCUUAUAAGGAAGAAGUCAUCAAAUGUCCUGAUAACAAUUUACUUUACUCAUGUUAUGAAAUAGAAGAUCAACCUGGUCCUUUCAGAUCUAGAAAACCAAAAGACAAUAAAGAGAACAAACCAAUGAUUGCAUCACCAUUGGAUAUAAAUGUUGCGUUACCCUUCCUUACCUCCAAGUCUGAUAAACAAUUAAGAACCCUGAAUAUUGUAGAUGAUGCGGACAGCAAUACCCCAACACCAGUUCGUACAUCUACAGGAUCAGUAGGGUCUGUUUCAAUGGCUCAUGGGCAACCAACUUCAAGAAGAGCAUCACUUGUAUCUGACCUAUUCGCACCAUUGGCCCCAGUUUCAUCCCCUGUCAUUGGUGCAUUAGAGACCAAUUUGGCCAAUCAUGAUGAAGUUGGACCUCAUGAUUUCGUGAAACCGAAAACUUCAAAUUAUAUUACAGAUGAUUUGAGUUCUAGGCAUCAUCCCCCAGAAAAUAUUCAACAUGGUUAUACAAUUGUUUCAAGGGCAUUAUAUCCUGAUUCUAAUUUCCGACAUAUUCAAAUCAAUCAUAGAUUACAAGUAUGUUUCCGAAUUUCGAAACCUGAUCCAAAAGAUGAUUAUAAAAUGCAUCAUUAUGAAGUUGUGGUUGAUACUCCAUUAGUAUUAUUAAGUGCAAAAUGUAAUGAAGGUUCAAUGCAAUUACCAGAAUACAGUGAACUUGAAUCCGAUAUAUUUUCAUCCCCAUUAUCAACUGGUCCAGGAUCAGUACCAACACCACCACAAACAGCAGUUUCAUUCAGAAUACCAAAUUAUCAACAUAAUGGAGUCAAGAUUUCUUCAUGGGAUCCUGAAUUGGGUGAACAUGAUGAACAUUUACCUAGUUUUGAAGAAGCAAUAUCUGUCCCAAGUAGUCCAAUCACUAGAUCUAAUUCUUCGGAAGGUAGUGAUGAAAUGGUUAGUUGUACCAAGAUUCCAUCGAUUGUUAUUUCUCCAGAUGAACCAGCUCCAGCGUAUGAAGAGACUGAGAGGAUUGAAUCUAUUGAUACGAUUGUGAAUGACGAUCCGGUUGAUGUGGAACCUGCAGCUGGAGAGAUAGGAGUACCUGUUUCGAAGAUCAAGAGUAGUCUUUCGUCGUCAUUUGCUACUAAGAAAGGAACGUCAGCGGAUGCCUCUGGUGUCAGUAGUGCUUGUAGUGGCAGUCAUGAAGGUGCAGAGCUUGCCAGUGGAAAUAGUGGUUGUAGCUGUGAUAGUAGAACUGGAAGUCUUUCAUCCGAGGAGGGAAGUAUUGACUCUGGAUCUAUUGCCAGUGAAGAUUCAACUCCACUAUCAUCCUUCCCAGACAGCACCAGCCUCCCUGCAUCUAAAGGAGAAGAAAAUAACAGAGACAAUGAUGAUGAAGAAGAAGGACCACAAUCAAUAGAAAGUGAUACUACCAGUGAAGAUGCUGAUGAAAUUACUGAGAUUACACCAACAAUUAGAACCAAGAAUCUUAGAGUGACUGAUGAAGAUGAGGAAGAUCAAGCUGGUGAUGAAGAUGAGAUUUAUGAACAGAAAAUCCCGUUGUUGAAUCAGAUAGCUGAGAAUGAGGUGUUGUGUUGUAGUGAAAAUGAUGUCAAUGACAAUAAUAAUGGUGAUGAUUUAGGACCAAAACAAGCUAUUUAUCAUACUUGUAUUCAAUAA